CACCGAACCAGCUCACCCCCGCUUCGCUCUCUCCCGCUCAGAUCCGAGCCCUAACCCUAGGCUCAGAUCCGCCUCGCCGGCGCGGGCGGCGGCGAUGGCGUGCCUCGCGAUCUCCCUGCAGCCGGUGAACGGCCCCGACAUCCUCCUCCAGACGCGCUCCUGGUUCCCCGUCUCGCGCGCGCUCGCCGCCGUCUCCGCCUUCCGCCUCGCGCGCCUCCACCUCGCCCGCGGGAAGCAGCAGCUGCAGCAGUCAGCGUCCUCUGCGGCGGCUGCGGCCUCGCUCGACGCCAUCGGGGACGACCCCCUCGCGGCCGGGUCCGGGCAGCUCGUGGUCGGGGUGGAGUCGCAGUACCGCGUCGUGUACCGCCUCGUGAACUCCAUCUACGUUCUCGGCGUCACCACCUCCUCCGACCACGCGUCCCCCGCCGUGCACGCCUUCGCCGUCGCGGACGCCGUCAACCAGGCCGUCUCCGUCGUCGUCGCCGCCUGCCGCGGCGUCGAUGUCACACCGGACAAGGUGCACCGGAAGUACCCGGAGGUCUAUCUCGCCCUCGAUCUCGUCCUCCAUGGCGUCGGCUCCGUUCGCCUCUCCCAGAUUCUUGCCACCAUUCAUGGCGACAACCUUGCCCGCAUGGUGAACUCCUCUCCUGAUGCCGAGGCUCGUGCUCGCGGUGCUGAUCCCUGGCCUGCCGUCGAGCACCUCGCCCACGACCGUCAUGCCGCACGCGAUGGCUUCACGGGCGCCUCGUUCGAGCUACCCCAAGAGACACUUGCUGCCGGUGACGAGUUCUCUGCGUCUAACAUUGCGCCUGCAGCUGCUGCGGCUACCGGGGAUGAGGCUCCACCGGAGGAGGCAGCUCCUGCAGAGAAGGACCCAUUUGCAGCCAGCGAACUGGUUAACAAGCCUGAGGAAGCAUUGGUUGGUGGGUUCAAGAAGAACAAGGAGACUGCCAUUGUGGUUGCUGAUCCCGCAGCUGCACUUGCUGGGUUGGAGGUCACGACUUUACCACCAGCUGAGGCGACUAAGCCAACAUUUAUUGGAGUUGAAGGGUUUGAGGGUGACUAUGGUGGAAUUGAGUUCAGCAAUGAGGAGGCUUCACUGGCCGAGGCUUUUCAAGGGUUCAAUGCACCAUUUGGGGGUGGAUUAGAUGCAUCAGAGUUUGUUACCACCACAAAGAAGGACCAUAAGGAUAAGAGCAUCACUGGUCUUGAGCUUUUGGCCACUAGUGCUGGACAGGCAACAAAUGCAGCUGGUGGCACCCCGCUGGAGAACUUGUUGGUGACAAAGAGCACAGAGAUGACUGCCCCUGAGUUAUACAUCGUGGAGGAGAUCAAUGCAGAAUUUAAGGAGUCUAUUCUUGCUCGUGUUGGUUUAAAGGGUACAAUCUUUCUGCGAACAUUGCCACCAAAGAAGGUGGCUGGUAAGGAGACAGAGUUCUCAUUCCGUCUUGAGGGCACAUCUGGAAUGAAGAAGGCUGCAUUGCAGAGCGCUGUGUUGAGCAACCUCGAGAAUGGGAUGUUCCAUGUCCGGACACCACCGAAGGAGGAACCCAUCCCCAUCAUGAAGUACAGCUUUCUGCCCAAGCACUCACCUCUUCCUUUGAGGAUGCGCCUUGUGAAGCGACAUAGUGGAACAUUGCUUUCGGUGAUGAUUCAGUUCGCAUCAAACCCAAUGAUGCCACAGCCGCUGAGCAACGUUACAUUCAUUAUUAAGCUUCCCGUGGACCCAACUCUUCUAAAUGUUUCACCCAAGGCUGUGCUGAAUCGGGCAGAGAGGGAGCUCAGGUGGCACAUCCCAGACAUUCCCCUCAAAGGUCCUGCUGGACGGCUGAGGGCUCGGAUGCCAGUAGAUCAGGACUCAAAGGAUGGUGAGCUAGAGGUUGUCGGGAUGGUGAAGUUUGCUUACCAAGGGCCAUUUACAUUGUCUGGCAUCAAACUCUGCCCAGCCACUGAUGGCACGACUCAGUUUAAUGAGGCUGGCCACACUUUCUCCAGCGGGAGUUAUCUGUGCAUCUAAUUGGUACCUUCUUGUAUUGUAGUCGCUACUUUACCCUUGUUUUCUUUGGUUUGCUUCUAAAGCAGGUUGUGAAAUUCCUAUUGUAUGUAGUGACGCUUGUUUGUUUUUUUGAUGCUGGAAAUUACAUCAUGUUUUGAGUUGUCUAUUA